AUGGCUAACCCACCACACGGAGGAGAACUCAAAGAUCUCAUUGCCAGAGAUGCCCCAAAACACAAAGAGCUCGCCGCUGAGGCCGAGUCGCUACCAGCAGUCUAUUUGACUGAGAGGCAGUUGUGCGAUCUUGAAUUGAUCAUUAGUGGUGGUUUCUCUCCUCUGGAAGGUUUCAUGAACGAGAAGGAUUACAAUGGUGUCGUGGCCGAAAACAGACUUUCCGAUGGAAAUCUUUUCAGCAUGCCCAUCACCCUUGAUGUUUCGCAAGCACAGAUCGACGAGUUGGGAGUGAAGGCGGGAGCUAGAAUCACUCUCCGCGAUUUCCGUGACGACCGAAAUCUUGCCAUUAUCACCGUUGACGAUGUCUACAAGCCUGACAAGACCAAGGAAGCUAAGGAAGUUUUUGGAGGGGAUGGCGAUCACCCGGCUGUCAAAUACCUUUACGAGACUGCUCAAGAAUUCUACGUUGGAGGAAAGCUUGACGCUAUCAACCGCCUUGAACAUUACGAUUACGUUGCUCUUAGAUAUACCCCCGCAGAAAUGAGAUUACACUUUGACAAACUCGGCUGGCAAAAGAUUGUCGCAUUCCAAACCAGAAAUCCUAUGCACAGAGCUCAUCGAGAGUUGACCGUUCGGGCUGCGCGCGCACGCCAAGCCAAUGUCCUCAUCCAUCCAGUCGUUGGUCUCACGAAGCCAGGAGAUAUUGAUCAUUUCACCCGCGUUCGUGUAUACCAAGCCCUCCUUCCAAGAUAUCCAAACGGAAUGGCCGUUCUUGGCCUUCUGCCUUUGGCUAUGCGAAUGGGUGGUCCAAGAGAAGCCAUCUGGCACGCAAUCAUCCGUAAGAACUUUGGAGCCACCCACUUCAUUGUUGGAAGAGAUCACGCAGGUCCAGGAAAAAACAAAAAGGGGGAGGAAUUCUACGGCCCAUACGAUGCACAAUACGCUGUCGAGAAAUACAAGAAUGAGCUCGGUAUCGAGGUCGUUCCUUUCCAGAUGAUGACUUAUCUUCCAGAUAGCGAUGAGUACAGACCCAAGGAUGAGGUUCCAGCUGGCGUUCGAACUCUCGAUAUCUCUGGAACUGAGCUCCGAAAUCGGCUCCGAACUGGUCGUGAGAUUCCAGAGUGGUUUUCAUACCCAGAAGUUGUUCGCGUUCUUCGGGAAUCUCACCCCCCACGUUCUGCGCAAGGAUUCACCGUCUUCCUGACCGGCUACCAAAACAGUGGAAAAGACGCAAUCGCACGCGCACUUCACGUCACCCUCAACCAACAAGGAGGCCGCUCCGUCUCUCUUCUGCUUGGUGAGACGGUCCGCGCCGAGCUUUCUUCCGAGCUUGGCUUCAGCCGUGCCGAUCGUACCCGUAACAUUGGUCGAAUCGCUUUUGUUGCAUCAGAGCUCACCCGUUCUGGUGCAGCUGUUAUUGCGGCUCCAAUCGCACCAUUCGAGGAUGCUCGUCAACACGCUAAGGAGUUGGUCGAGAAAUACGGUGACUUCUACCUCGUCCACGUCGCCACCUCAUUAGAACAUGCUGAGAAGACCGACAAGCGCGGUAUCUAUGCCAAGGCUCGUGCUGGUGAGAUCAAGGGUUUCACUGGUGUUGAUGAUCCUUAUGAAACUCCAGCCAAGGCUUCUUUGACUGUUGAUAUUGAGAAAACCAGUGUUAGAAGUGCGGUCCACCAGAUCGUUCUUAUGCUUGAGAGUGAGGGUCUUUUGGAUCGUUUGUAA